CCAAAAAAAAAGGCAUCUUUUUCGAUCAAGAACGGUGGAAUGAUACUUGCCCUCUCCCUUACUUAUCCAGCGUCCGCCACCCGUAGAAGGGCGAUUACUCCAUUUCCAUCCCCAACCUUCUUCGUCUCUUUAUCGAAAUUUCCGUCCAAUUGUGGCUCCAGAACUUCUUUCAAGUGUUCUUGCACCGAAAAUGGAGACACCCACGAAGCAUCUUUUCAGGGGUUUUCGGUACUCGGACCAGAAUCAGAUGUUCCAUGGGACAGUGGAACUGUUUGGAGCACGCUGUCGUUUUACCUGUUCAGUUUGCACAUUCCUCUGAGCUUCGGAGGCUUGUCUAUUGUUGCCCAUGUCCUGCAUCAACCUAUUCUUGAUCCUCAGACGGAGGCAGCAUCCUUGCUCGGGAUUCAGCUGUUCGAGCUUGUAUCUGCUGUUUGUUUGCUUCAGUCCACCACUAAGCGUCGGUUCAGACUGAUGAGCAUCUUCAAAGCUGACGAAUCAUCAGCGGACAGGAAUGCAUUGCUGGGGUCAGCACUGGGAUUCGGUUCUUUGGUGCUGUUGGUUUUCCUCUCAUCAUUUCUUGCUGACAAUUUUCUGGGACCCAAGAGCGUCAACAACUCCGUCCUCAAGGAGAUCCUACUUAGCAGCAACCUGUCCAGAGCGGCCUGCUCUCUUGCCUACUGCAUCAUUAUCCCAUUACUGGAAGAACUCGUCUACAGGGGUUUCCUGUUGAGAUCGAUCUCACGUACGAUGAAGUGGCACCAAGCUGUUCUUCUGAGCUCCGCCAUAUUCAGUGCCAUUCACUUCUCCGGUGAGAACUCCUUACAAUUGUUCAUCAUCGGGUGUGUCCUCGGCUGCUGUUACUGUUGGACCGGAGAUCUGAAAUCCUCCGUUCUUGUACAUUCCCUGUACAAUGCCAUGAUACUCGUCAUAACUUAUGUAUCUUGAAGUCAUCUUGUUAUUUAUAUAUGUUAACACUUAACAAUCACAAUCCUAACAAUGGUACUCCCAACGUCGUCCUGCCCUCCACAACAAUAUCUGUUUUCUGGGCCCAGAAAGCACACGGAGCAGGCGGAUAUUUGUCUAGGAGGACAAGAUCUUAGUCCGCCACACUCGCUUGAAGCUUCCUCGUGGUGCCAUGGAGAUGAGGAGAGGAAUGAAUGUGAUGGGCAGAGAAGGUAGCAGCACAUCAUAUUCCUUGGGAAAUAAUUCUAUCCCCCUCCUUGUCGUGCCAUUUUCUCGUGGAAACUGGAAAGUGGAAACCAUUGUCAAAGAAUUUUACAGCAGGGACAGUGGGGCCCAAGGCAAGAACAUUCCAGCUUAGAUGACCUGUCCCAUGAUGUCAAAGAUUUGAUUUGUUUUUUCUAUUUAAUUUAAAAAUGGAAGAAAGAAAAAGAUGAAGAAAAUGUGAAGAGAUUCAAAGAUUCUUUCUUCAUUUGAAGGUUCAUAGGAUUUGUCUUGCUCCUCUAUAUAUCUCAGCAAGUGGCAAGCCAAUAUGCUUGGCCAUGAUUCUUUUUCGUUA